GUGACAUACAGUUGUAUUUUGAACAGACUUGACGAAAAAAAAUGCUGUUUUUUUCACCUCAGGUUAGGUAAAAGAACAUUAGACUGAAUUUUUUUAUUGAUUGUGACAGUGGGCCUAAUGGAAUAUUGAUAAUUAAAAUACUAGGAUAAAUUAGCACAGAGAAUGGCCAAACUAGUCAGAUGGGGAAUAUUUUACAAUGGGAUAGUUUUAUUUAUGGUGGCAGAAUACCUGAGGACUUGUGAUGCGCAAAAAAAAAAUGAUUGUCCGACUUACGGGGACUACAGAACAGUGAAGAAUAACCCGAAGUGUUGGUAUAAUUUCAAUGCUGUUCUAAACUUCCCUUCUGUAGUUCGAAAUAACGGUUACGACUGUGAAGAAUAUAAGGUUCAAACUGAAGACGGAUUUAUUCUGGGUCUCUUCAAAAUACCAGGAAAUGAACGAUAUGGUUCUGAAAAGAAAAAUUUCCCAGUCUAUAUACAACAUGGAAUUUAUGGAUCUUCCGCUGUUUUCGUAUCAAGUGGAAAAAAUUCUUUGGCUUUCCUACUUGCAGAUGCCGGAUAUGAUGUCUGGCUUGGAAAUUAUCGAGGCAAUGAAUAUUCUGAAGAACAUGUGAACUACACCACUAAGGAUAGGGAAUUUUGGGAUCAUACAUUGGACGAAUUCGUGCAAUACGACUCACCAGCAAUUCUCAAUUAUAUCCUCGAAAGAACUCCAGGUGGUGGACAAAUAAUAUAUAUUGGUUACUCAUUGGGAACAACUAUUGGACUCAUGUACAGCUCAAAGUAUCCGGAAGAGGCGAAACAUAAAAUCAAACUUAUGAUACUUACUGGUCCUGCCUAUACGCUCUCACACAUGAAGUCGCCAUAUAAAUGGUUAGCACCCUUGGGAAAACCCGUACUGGUUGCAGUUCAAUGGAUAGGUCUGAUGAGAGUUGUCUCUCAAGCGGUAUUUAUUAAAGAAUUUUUAAGAAUACCUUGCACUGAACAUCCAAGUAUGAUAAGAACUUGUGUCCUAGCAUGGAAUAUAUUUUAUGGCCUUGGUUCACGUCUUAGACCAGAAAUCGUACCCGUUCAUCGGAAUCUUUUUCCUGCAGGAACCUCUUACAAAGUUUUGGUUCAUAUAACUGACCUUAUAGCAGGAAACUUUCGACACUACAAUCAUGGAUAUAAGAAGAACAUCAGGAGAUAUGGAACCAGAAAGCCGCCAAUAUAUGAUAUAAAGAAAAUUCAGAUACCGAUCCAAAUAGUUUACAGUACAAGUGACUGGGCAACUACUGAAAAGGAUGCUCUGAAUUUAUAUCAUAAGUUGCCCAAAGAAGCAAUACAUGGAGUAAAAAGGAUUUCAGACAAAAACUUCAACCAUCUCGAUUUUUUAUUGGCAAAAGAGGCUAAAACUAUAGUUUAUGAUGAUUUGCUCAAUAUUAUAAACGAUGUUUUACCAAAAGAAGAAGGAUACGAUGUGAAAGCCCUUCUUCCACAGCAUACCAUAGUACGACAGUAUGGAUACGAUUUCGAAGAGUAUAAAGUUGAAACGAAAGAUGGAUUUAUUUUGAGUUUGUUCAAAAUACCAAGUCGAAAUCGAUAUGAUUCGGUUAAAAAAUAUUUCCCGGUUUAUUUACAACAUGGACUCUUGUCAACUGCAUCCAACUUUGUGGCUAUAGGAAAGGAUUCUUUGGCGUUCAAUCUAGCGGAUGAAGGACAUGAUGUGUGGCUUGGAAAUUUUAGAGGAAAUGAAUAUUCUGAAAGCCAUGUGAACUACACCACAGCAGAUGAAGAAUUUUGGGACCAUACGUUGGACGACAUCGUACAAUACGAUUUCCCAGCAAUUUUCAAUCAAAUUCUCGAAAGAACUCCUGUAGGUGGGCAAAUAAUUUAUAUUGGUCACUCGUUGGGGACUACUGUAGGACUUAUGUUCAGUUCGAAGUACCCGAAAGAAGCAAAACACCUCUUCAAACUCAUGAUAUUGUUAUGCCCUGCCUACACCCUCACAAAUAUGAUUUCACCGUACAGGCUAGGCGCACCUUUCGGACCAAUGAUUCUGGACACAACCCAAAGAAUGAAAAUGAUGAGACUUCUGUCACAAGCAGAAACAACAAGGACAUUCAUGACAACACUUUGCUUAGAGCAUCCAAGAUUGAUGAUAAUGUGUUUACGAUCAUGGAAUCUCUUUUACGGCCUUGGUACCCGGAUGAGACCUGAAUUGGUACCAGUUUUCUUUCAUCAACUGCCCGGUGGAACUUCUAUGAAAAUCGGCAAUCAUGCAGCUGAUAUAGUGUUGGGAAAUUUCCGACACUAUGAUCAUGGACCCAAGGAAAAUUUAUGGAGAUAUGGUACUGAAAGGCCUCCGAUAUAUAAUAUUAAAAAAAUUGAGAUUCCGAUUUAUAUAGUUUACAGUACAGGUGACUGGGCAACUUCUGAAAAGGAUGCCCUCAAUUUAUAUAGUAAGCUGCCCAAAGUAGCGAGACAUGGAAUACGAAGGAUUUCGGAGAGAAACUUUAACCAUAUAGAUUUUCUCUUCGCGAAAGAAGCUAAGAAUAUAGUUUACGAUGACUUAUUGGAUGUGAUGAGAAAAAUUUUACCAGAUUGAUUUUCUUCAUGAUAUGGAAUGCCUAAAUGAGACUGACACCAUAAAAUA